AUGCCACCGUUCGCACGCAAAAAUGCUCGAGUCAUUGGUGUUCUCUUUCCUUUGGCGACACAGAUACACGCGCACAAAAAGCCAAAUGGAUCACUGACUGGUCGGUUCCUCGAAUUUGCAAAUAGGCCUCACAGCGCGAGCGAGGUAUUCGUGACAGGCACCUUUGAUGACUGGGGCAAAACGGUGCAGCUGGAGCGCGUGGGUGACGUCUUCAUGAAAGAGGUGUCUCUGCCUUUGAAUAAGAAAGUUCAGUACAAGUCGCUCGUGUCCAGCCUGGUGUCGGAAAAGAGCCUCGUGAACUGGGUCCCAUUCUCAUACCCUUUUGCCGUUGGAUCCAUCCUCACUUUGGUGGCUUGUACGGACCCUCAGGUCCCCAUCAUUGCGCUGCCAGCUGAGCUGAGCGAUGACGCUCACGUCGAGCUUACUGCUGACGUCACUUGCGCCCCCUUUUCUUUUGGACCUCCCCUCCCCUUGGCCAAGGUCGCAACGUAUAAGAGGGCUCGGCCGGGCGUCGCACCUCGCAAGUUUGUUGUUGACGGUAUUUGGACGACCGACAGCCACGCCCGAGAGGAGAACGACGGACACGAUAACAUUAACAACGUGCUCCUGCCCGAAGAUAUCCAAACGGAAACCACGGCCCAGAGCCACUUACAGGAAGCUUCCACCGACAACGUCACUGCGCCCGCCACCAUGUCGGGCGUGACUCCUGAUUCCACCACGGCUGCACUUGCAUCCCAAGUUCCCAAAGAAGAGGCCAACGAUGGUCUCCCGGGUACCUUCCCCGAAACCCCGGCUCAGGAGACCGAGCAGGUGCUGUCUGUCAAUCCCAUUCCUGCCUCCGGUGGCUUUGGAAACCCGAUCACAUUGCAGCCGGGUGAGAAGGUACCGGAACCUAGCUCCAUUCACACCAACACUGUCGACUCAACUGUGAAGCUCGACAAAGAAUCCUACGAAAAGAGCGAUAGCUUGCCCGCCGGUAGCGCCGGUUUUUCUAGCGACAACGCCGCUGCUGGUGCCUUUGCAGUCCCUGCCGACACCACCAACCUCAUCCCGGAGUCAAGUCUUCCGAUGGGUGGCCCCGCGCAACAGGCGGCCAUGGCUGAUCCAGGCUACACCAUUCAGUCUGCGGCACCAACCUCCACCACUGCUGCCUUGGCAGCGGAGGUUCCCCUUGAGAAGUCGAAGCACACCAACGGCACUGCUGAGCCCGCCGAGGAUGUCCCAGAGGUGGUGAAGGAGUCCCUCGCCACAUCGCACCAGAGCCCCGAGGCGGCGGCGAACGAGGAAGCCGUGUUGGAGAAGCAGAAAUUCGAAGAUGAGCUGCAUGAGCGUGUUCCCGUCGAUCAGUCGACCGGCGCUCCUGCGCCAACUACGAUCGCCAAGGACGUCCCCGAAACUGUCAAGGAGUCGAUUGCCGAGUCCCACCAGGGUCCCGAGGCGGCAGCGAACGAGGAGGCUGUUGCGGAGAAGAAGCAAAUGGAGGACGAAUUGCACCAGCGCGUCCCUGUCGAACAAUCCACCGGUGCUCCUGCCCCGACUAUCGUCGCCCCCGCCACCACUACCACCACCGCCGAGGAGCCUGUGAAGAGCGUCCCGGAAAUUGUGAAGGAGUCCUUUGCCGAGUCCGAGCAAGAUCCCGAGGCGGCUGCCAACCGAGAGGCGGUGGAGGAGAAGCAAGCGAUGGAGCGUGAGCUUCAGAAGACUGUUCCCGUCGUCGAGACGGCCGGUGCCCCGGCACCCACCACCACCGCGGCGACGCAGGCUACUGCUCCUGGUGCUGGAUCCUUGUCGGUUCCUCCAAUGGACUCGGCGGAUGUGUCUCCCACCUCGACCCCUCCCCCCGAGCGGGUCGGUCCCACCUCGGCUGCGCCCACUUCUGCCCCCGACGCUACCAAGACGCAGGAGGCUCCGAUUGUGACCACUGGCGUGAAUUCAUCCGAAACCGCCGCCAAGUCCACUCCCAACAAGCCCGUCGACCCUGCCCAGCAAUCCACCAAAACCGCUGGGUCGGGCGAGCUGCACGCGAAGGAGGACAAGAAGAAGAAGCGUCUCAGUGGCUUCUUCUCCAAGCUGAAGGAGAAGCUGAAGUAG